GGCUUUAAUCUUUAUUGUAUCAUGUAGUUAUAAAAAGGAAGGAACUAUAUAAAUCUCUUACGCUGCGUUUAUUUCUAAACAAUAAUUUGUUUUCAUGUUUUGAUUUUCAAAAAUAAUGAUAAAUAAAGAGUGAAUUAAAAUAGCAUUUUGAAGUUAACUAGCAGACGAGGAUUACAAAUACAAUUCUUUAUGCAUUGAUUCGAUGUAAAGUUUUAAUUCAAUGGAUGUUAAAAUUAUCUUUUUAACUCUCUAUGUUUUUAUAACAUGUAUAAAUGGGCAAUCAUACAUGUACGACGUUUAUGAAGGGGCAGUCAUUCCUGCUGUAACGCAUUGGGGAUAUGGAGAUUAUAACGGACCGGAAGAGUGGCCGGAACUAUUUCCAAACAAGUGCGCGGGAAAAUACCAAUCACCAGUCAAUAUACGUCCGCGGAAAACAAAGUUCAAACCAAAUUUAAGUAAAUUCAUCUUCUACGAUCCGCCAUAUUGGGGAGCAAGAUAUUUUGCCCACAACAACGGACACACAAUUCAAGUCAAUACAUGGGGUCUACAUCUACUUGCCAAUGGCGGGCUCAAUCACACGUACAAGAUUGCCCAGUUUCAUUUUCACUGGGGUGAUGAAAACGACCAGGGUGCUGAACAUACAGUCAAUGAAAAAGCCGCCCCUAUGGAGAUGCAUAUUGUAAGCUGGAAUCAUGAAAAGUAUGAAAGUAUAAAAGACGCAGCAAAGGCUCCUGAUGGUUUGGCUGUGCUGGGGGUUUUGUUUAAGAUUUCACACCGAGAUAACCCUAUAUUUGAACCUCUAAUUCAUGCUAUUCCGAGCAUACGCGAUCCAGAUUGGAACAAUCGGGUAGAAAUUGCAGUUGUUCCAAUAAGGAAUUAUCUACCACACUCGCCAGAAAAGUACUUCCGGUACCGUGGCUCAUUGACCACACCAAGGUGUUACGAAAGUGUUACCUGGACAGUGUUUCGAGAAAAACAAAGCAUUUCGAAGAGACAGUUAAACAUUUUUCGACAAGCUUUGACAUCAGCACAUUCUAAUGAAGAACCAAACGGGAAUGACAAGUUGUAUGCGGAUUUCUAUGGUUACGGAAAGGGUAAACUAUUUCCCUUUAUAC